AAAGAGUAGUUUCAGAUAAGAUAAUCCCAUUAAGGCUUGUAAAAAUGUUGACUGAAACCAAACUGUUAUCAGACCUGGUGUUAAUGGGCAUAUUGUGUUGAAGUGUAGGUUGUUUAAGUGUUGUGAGAGUCUCAGAUGUCUGACAUGAAACUCAAUCCGCUCUGCAACAUGUUUAUAUUCAGCAGCAGCAGUAAAUUCUUGGUCAGAAUAAACCCCUGCCAGUGCUUUCAUAUGUUGUCACUCGGCCUUGUAAUUACGGUAGUUACAUGACAUAACCUAUCAAUUUUCAUACAUGUCACCGUAAUGACCGAGAUGGGCUCUGACUGAGUGGAACAUGACAGGGUGAAGUUGAAGUCGGUGGCCUUGAGGUGUUUUAAUUAUGGGGACAAACAGACAGAGCAGUGUUGGACUUGUUACAAGUUGGGGGGAGGCAGUGGCCUUUUGACCCCUGCAUCCUGCGAGCAGUCCACGAGGGAGGCCACCAUGUGAAAUACCACACACACACACACACACAUUGAUUGAAGAGCUUGCUUGCCCUGCUAAUGCCCGCCAAUAAACAAACAUCCCCAGUGGUGAUCAAUAAAAAGCCAGUCUGCUUCAGUGAUAAUAACACAGAAUCCAUUCUAUGACGUGCAGUGAUGAACUCAGACUUCAUGUGACUUUUCAUGUUUAACUGGCGCUCAGUCUACCCAGAGUAGGCGUACUGUACAUCCUCUAUGAGAACAUGCUUUGAUAUUUCGAUGUCAGCCUCUUGUAUGCACUCAGCUCAGCCAGCAGCAAAUGAUUAACACAUGUUGUAUGUUUCCUGUACAUCUCCCUCAUAUGAUUUACACUAAUGAUACAGGUCUUGAUGAAGUAAAUGAGUGCAGACAUUCACUGUGGUUUUCCCCCCGUUUUUUUUUUUUUUUUUUUACCUGAGUUCAACAUUCCUCCGAGGGGGACCCUUCGUGACCUUUGGGUGUCAUUGACGCAACCAACCAGGAAGGGGUUACUUGCAGAGGAAUCUGAACCAGUGGAGCAGCCGUCCAGGGGAAGCAGCCAGGCCUUGCUUAAAAGAGGCGCCCUACCGGGGGUAACGGAGAAGAUGAAGGAUUAGAGGAUAAUCUAGGAUGGUUCCAUGGUGCGACCGCAGAACCGUUUGCAGCUGGACUCAGACCUAUUUCUGAGCUGAUGUCGACAAAGCCAAAGCCCAAGGCAAGCGGGGGAAACCAGGCAACCUGACCACACUCCAACUGGCUGUUUCCAGGAACACAACUGCACAGUGUUCUCCUCAGUUUAUGGCCGUUUAAUUCAGCCAGCUAUGCAUAACAACGAGCUACAAAGAGUGGGACAGAGUUUGGCCUGCACAUGAUAAACACAGAUAAUAUUCCAGUGAACUAUUUGGCGAUGCAGGCCUGGAGUUCAAGCUUUCACAAAUUACACGUUUUCAAGAUCUUGGAAUAACCUUUCAGAGCUAUUUCUUAGGUCCGUACUUUGGACUGCUGGACUGUCAAAGCUUUUGGCUCAAAUCUAAGAGGAGAAACAUUCAGUUUUGCCAUUCACUGGGAUUAAAGGCAAUUCCAGACAUUGUUCAACGUUGAUUUUCAAGAAAUACUAAGCCAUUCACCUCUUGUGAACAUGAAUCUUCAGGAAAAGCUGUCAGGCCUAAAAGGUCUGGUCACACACUCCCACAGCAAGCGCCGCUAUAAAGGCGACCUCACGUUGGAUAUGAUUAGCCCUCCUUUGGGUGACUUCCGCCACACCAUGCACGUCGGCCGUGGUGGCGACGUAUUUGGGGACACCUCCUUCCUCAGCAACCACGGCGGCACGGCCAAUGGGAACAAUGGGGAAACAGAUUCUGUCUCCAGCCCUGACAACAAGAUCGGAGCGUUCUUCUCCAGGACGCUGCGUCACAUCAGGAGGGGCUCUGAAAACCGUGCCACAGCAGGACCCAAGGAUCUGUCUCCGCCGCCUCCAGUCGUUUCUCCCAUCAUCAAGAAUGCCAUCUCCCUCCCCAGGCUGGAUGUGGAUAUGCCGAAUGGGAGUCCCACUGCCAAAGUGCUCUUCCCCAGUUCUCACAGCACACCAGAGGACAAGAAAAGCUCUUAUGGUCUGGAGUCUGGUUUCGUCACUCUGCCUCGUCUCUCCCGCGCUGAGCGACAGCAGCCCUCCAUCUCCCUCCCCAUUUCCUGCCCCCCUAACAUCCACCGUGGCUCCCUGACCGACCCCACUGAGGCCAUCUUAUCCACCUGCUCCACCUCCAUUGUGACCUCUGACCCCAAACCCACCUCCACUGCCUUCUCUGACUCCCUCCCUUCCCUCACCUCUCUGGACACCUUCACCUUUGACCUCGGCCCCUCCCUCAUGAGCGAGGUGUUGGGCCUGAUCGACGGCCACCCAGAGGAGCACGGCCACACCUGGGAGGGAGAGGAGGCGGGGUCAGCGUGCGGGCUGACCAACGAGGGAUCAGAGAUGGACUCGGCCACUAUCUCCUACGUGGAUUCCCUGCUGCGAGAGGACUGUGGGGGCAGGAAGAGCCCGCAUGGGGCCGAGUGGGAAGAGGAGGGGAUGGAGGUGAACGGAGUCGGGCUUUCUGUCAAAGUACCUGAUGUGGUGAUGGGGUCUCCUGAACGAGUGAGGUUGGGGAUUGGGAUGGAGAGUGAGCGGUUCCAGAACGCUACAGAUGUGCUCGCGCGUCACUAUGGCGUCAGCCACUUUAAGGGACAGAGCCAGAUGGAGGUUGCAGAUUCAGAGAUGAUGAUCACCAGCCACUCCAAGAACAAAAUAUCCUACAGUUACAUGGAUGACGAGGAUGAAAUUAAAGUCUGAGCCGAGCAAAUCUGAGACAUUUUGACACUAAAGAACUGUUGCUGAUGUAUGAUUUCUCUGUAAUUCCAAUCAAAUCAAUCAUCAAAAAUCUUUUUAUGGUGAACGAGGCUGGCUCUUUGGACAGGAUAACCAUGAAAACUCCAAUCCAAUAUCCUUAAUGUUGGAUCCUUUACUUUAAUACAAAUCAUGCUUCAAGGAUGUACAGUUCGGAUGAAAAACUGUUGCUGAAUGUACCUAAAAGGAGGGAAAGACUUGGUGCCGCACGUUUCCAAGCCCAGCACAGAGAGGGAGAAUGCUUUUUUCAAAGGACAGGACUUAAAAAGGACUGAAACAAAGAAGAGGCGUGGACAGCAAGGAUGUGCCAGAGAAUGUGGAUAAGAUAAUCUCAAAGGAAACGUCAACAUAACUCAGUGUAGAAGCAGUCAUUUACUUUAUACUUUUCACACUUCCUCACAUUAGAGGGGAAAAGAUGUUCAGUGUGUGUCCCAGUCACUCACGAGAGAGGAAGUAGGGAUUAGAAAAAAAAGAUUUAAUCUUAUUACAGCCUUUAGGCCUCACUACAAUCUCCUGUCAACUCCUUUCACUCAGGAAUACACUACUAGGAAACAAAAAGGGAAAUAAGAAAUCUGGAAUCUCAGGCCUCAUUAGAUAAACACAUAAAACAUCUCAGUUAUUAGACUACAUGGACUGAGGGAAUAUGACAAGUAAUACUGGUAUUUGCUAGUUGCAACCAAAGCUGAACCAUAUAAUUGGUCAUUGUAUGCUGCAGACUUUUAUAUAUAGAGACUCCUUGCACCUUUUAUGAUUAUGAAGUCCGACUCCUGUAUUACUUUUUAAAGCAGAGUUGUCAUUUAUGUGUUCUUUUAUACAAUGAAGAUAUUAACUGACCUCCUAUAAAUAUGUACUUACAGUAUGAGCGCCUGCAGCACAUAGUGCAGUUCACAUCCAUAUGCUGCAGUCAAUACCAAUGAUAUAUUAUGAUGAUAUAAAUUGACAAUAAAGAUGUUUCUAAUUAGGUUGAA